GACAGGGCGGGCCCGGCGCGCGGCAGCGCGGGCCCCUCAGAGCACAAUGGCCAGAGCCGGCGGCAGAGCCCGAGCCCCACCCGGUGUGGAGCGCGCCGCGAGCCGGGUCGCACGCUGAGCGCCUCCGCCCGCCCAGCGCGCCGGCUCCGGGCCAUGUACUCGGGGAACCGCAGCGGCGGCCAGGGCUACUGGGAAGGCGGCGGGGCCGCAGGCGCCGAGGGGCCGGCGCCGGCGGGGACACUGAGCCCCGCGCCGCUCUUCAGCCCCGGCACCUACGAGCGCCUGGCGCUGCUGCUGGGCUCCAUAGGGCUGCUGGGCGCCGGCGACAACCUGCUGGUGCUCGUCCUCUACUACAAGUUCCAGCGACUCCGCACUCCCACCCACCUCCUCCUGGUCAACGUCAGCCUCAGCAACCUGCUGGUGUCCCUCUUCGGGGUCACCUUUACCUUCGCGUCCUGCCUGAGGAACGGCUGGGUGUGGGACGCCGUGGGCUGCGCGUGGGACGGGUUUAGCGGCAGCCUCUUCGGGAUUGUUUCCAUUGCCACCCUAACUGUGCUGGCCUAUGAACGUUACAUUCGCGUGGUCCAUGCCAGAGUGAUCAAUUUUUCCUGGGCCUGGAGGGCCAUUACCUACAUCUGGCUCUACUCACUGGCAUGGGCAGGAGCGCCUCUCCUGGGCUGGAACAGGUACAUCCUGGACGUACAUGGACUAGGCUGCACUGUGGACUGGAAAUCCAAGGAUGCCAACGAUUCCUCCUUUGUGCUUUUCUUAUUUCUUGGCUGCCUGGUGGUGCCCCUGGGCGUCAUAGCCCAUUGCUAUGGCCAUAUUCUGUAUUCCAUUCGAAUGCUUCGUUGUGUGGAAGAUCUUCAGACAAUUCAAGUGAUCAAGAUUUUAAAAUAUGAAAAGAAACUGGCCAAAAUGUGUUUUUUAAUGAUAUUCACCUUCCUGGUUUGUUGGAUGCCUUAUAUCGUCAUCUGCUUCUUGGUGGUUAAUGGGCACGGUCACCUGGUCACUCCAACAAUAUCUAUUGUUUCCUAUCUCUUUGCUAAAUCGAACACUGUAUAUAAUCCAGUGAUUUAUGUCUUCAUGAUCAGAAAGUUUCGAAGAUCCCUUUUGCAGCUCCUGUGUCUCCGAAUGCUGAGGUGCCAGCAGCCUGCUAAAGACCUACCAACAGCUGGGAGUGAAAUGCAGAUCAGACCCAUUGUGAUGUCACAGAAAGAUGGGGACAGGCCAAAGAAAAAAGUGACUUUCAACUCUUCUUCCAUCAUUUUUAUCAUCACCAGUGAUGACUCACUGUCAGUUGACGACAGUGACAAAACCAAUGGAUCCAAAGUUGAUGUGAUCCAAGUUCGUCCUUUGUAGGAAUGAAGAAUGGCAAUGACAGAUGGGGCCUUAUGCUGGGUGCCGCUUUUAGACUUCCAUCAUAAGAAGUGUUCUGGAAUCCCCAUUCUAUGUAAUAUCAACAGAACUUUGUGGCCCAGCAGGAAAUCUGAAUUGCCCACGUGCUCUUGGGCCUCAGGAAGAGGUUGAACAAAAAUAAAUUCUUUUAAUUCAACGGGUGCUUUACAUAAUGAAAAACCACUAGUGGCACAUGGUGGGCAUCUAGCAUCAUCAUCUUCUAAUGUGUUGGAGAUUUUCAUUUCAAAUAUAUUUUUAAAUUUACUAUAUUUUCCAAAACAUGUAAUACAUUUUUCUUGAAAAUAUCCUUACUGUAAAAAUAACUGUCACAUACAUGUGUGAAGUAGCUAGAACAUAUUGAAUUUUUUUGUACUAUUGGGCUCUAUUCAUUGUCAUGUUCCUAUGUCUGAUCAAAUUAUCAAGGAGAUAACUCUAGAAUGAAAAAGAAAAUUCUCUUAUUGGAAACAAAAGACGUUUUAUAGAUAUAGUACGGCAAGCAGGAGUUUCAGAGACAACUUUGAAUCCUCAUCAGCCUGGAGACCAGCACCAGGGGAAUCUAUGUGGCAAACUCCCAUGGAUUUGCUUCCCACAAUUUGCUGCUCCUACAGACGCAAAGCUCUUUUCCUGUGUUUUGUCGUUUCUCUAAAAAUUUACAGUUCUUUGUUGAUGCUAUAUAAGCCAGGGAGUUCUAAGACGCCAGCUCUUUGAGAUUUACUCAUUCCCCAGUAUUUUCACCUGUAUUUCCCACAUAUAUAUAUAUGUCUGCUAAUACACUUAUGUUUGUUUUUCUCUUGUUAGUCUGUCUUUUGUUAUAGGGCCCCCAGCCAAGAAACCUAAAGUGGGUAUAAGGAAAAAUUAUUAUUUUUUCCCUACAAACUGAACGUGGAUUAUUAGAACUCAAGGAUUUCAUUGACAAUUUAGAAAAGAAACACUGAAUCAUUUUAUUUUAUUGCCCAGUUUUUACUUCUUAGAUGACUCUAGUGUUGCAACUUCAUGAUUAAUCAUGUUUGAAGGACUUCUAAGUGACUUAGCAGCUUGCUAAAGAAGGAAGAACCAAAGAAACGUUUUCACUAAAUGUGCUUUUAGAAAUCGAGCAUAUUGCUGGUUCUGCCACAGUACGUGGUCCAAGAAUAAAUUACUAAAUUGCUUCCGAGAUUCUGAAGUGGAAUAAAAUAAUGGCUUUGUAUUUCUAU